AAGGUAAAGGGGAAGGGAACAGCGCAGAGAGGGGUGAGGGUGUGGGAUGGCGCAAAACAAUUUCACCACAAGUAGGCAGGCGGUGCCCGCUUUCGCCUGCAGCUGCUCCCCGCCUCCCACUCUACUAGUCGCGUCCCACAUGCCUGUCCGGGUGCAACACAGAUGAUCGGGCGCCGACUUCGUCUCGGUGUCCGUGCCCGCUCCCUCACCACGGCAGCCGUCUGGCGUGGCGACCUCGCCGGCGCCGCGGAGACCAUCGCGGCCACCCCCCGCAAGACCACGGCCGACUACAACCGCCUCCUCGCGGGCUACGCGAGGGCGCCCGGCGGCCGCCUCACGGGCGCGCGCCACCUGUUCGGCCGAAUCCCGCACCCCGACGUCGUCUCCUACAACACGCUCCUCUCCUGCCACUUCGCCGCCGGCGACGUCCGCGGCGCCCGGGAGCUCUUCUCCGCGAUGCCGGGCAGGGACGUCGCGUCCUGGAACACCAUGGUGUCCGGGCUGUCCCGGAACGGGGCCGUGGACGAGGCCAGUGCCUUGUUCCUGGCCAUGCCUGCGAGGAACUCCGUCUCCUGGAACGCCAUGGUUUCCGGGUUUGCCUCCGCUGGGGACAUGGGCAUGGCCGAGGACUGCUUUAGGGACGCGCCCCACAAGGAGGACCCCGUCCUUUGGACAGCCAUGGUGUCAGGGUACAUGGAUGCUGGCCAUGUGGACAAGGCAACGGAGUUCUUCCAAGGAAUGCCGGUGAGGAACUUGGUUUCCUGGAAUGCCAUGGUUGCUGGCUACGUCAAAAACUCACGCGCGGAUGACGCUUUGAAGGUGUUCAAGACGAUAGUCAGGGAUGCCGAUGUUCGGCCGAACGAGUCAACGUUAAGUAGCGUGCUCCUUGGAUGCAGCAACCUGUCUGCGCUGGGAUUUGGGAGGCAGGUACAUCAGUGGUGCACCAAGUUGCCGCUGAGUCGGAGAAUAACCGUUGGCACGUCGCUCGUGAGCAUGUACUGCAAGUGCGGCGACUUGGAGGGAGCGUGCAAGCUGUUCGGUGAGAUGCGUACAAGGGAUGUAAUUGCAUGGAAUGCAAUGAUUUCAGGAUAUGCACAGCAUGGCCAUGGGCAGGAAGCUAUCAAAUUGUUUGAAAAGAUGAAGGCUCUAGGUGUUAAGCCUAAUUGGAUUACUUUUGUGGUAGUGCUGACUGCUUGUAUCCACACUGGAUUUUGUGAUUUUGGAAUACAGUGUUUUGAGACAAUGCAGGAAAUCUAUGGAGUCGAGCCCCGGGCUGAUCAUUACUCUUGCAUGGUGGAUCUCCUGUGCCGAGCCGGUUUGCUUGAAAGAGCUGUGUGCUUGAUUAGCUCUAUGCCUUUUGAGCCACAUCCUUCUGCCUAUGGCACUCUAUUGGCUGCUUGUAGAGUUUAUAAAAACUUGGAGUUUGCUGAGUUUGCUGCUGGAAAGCUGAUCCAACAGAACCCACAGAGCGCAGGCGCCUAUGUACAGUUGGCAAAUAUUUAUGCUGUAGCGAAUCAGUGGGAUGACGUCUCCAGAGUAAGGAGGUGGAUGAAGGAUAAUGCAGUUGUCAAAACACCUGGGUAUAGCUGGAUUGAGAUAAAGGGCAUGAUUCAUGAGUUCAGAUCAAAUGACAGAUUACAUCCUCAGCUUCGUUUCAUUCAUGAAAGAUUGGACCGGUUGGAGGAGCGGAUGAAGGCAAUGGGUUAUGUUCCAGAUCUUGACUUCGUACUGCAUGAUGUAGACGAGAGUCUUAAGGUGCAGAUGCUAAUGAGGCACAGUGAGAAGCUCGCUAUUGCUUUUGGCCUGAUUAGUACCGCACCUGGGUUAACCUUGAGGAUAUUCAAGAAUCUCAGGGUCUGUGGAGAUUGUCAUAAUGCUGCGAAGCUCAUCUCCAAGAUCGAGGAUAGAGAAAUCAUCCUGAGGGAUACAACACGUUUCCAUCACUUUAAAGGUGGGCAUUGUUCAUGUGGAGAUUACUGGUGAAUAAAGCCAGUAACAAGGUUUGGUAUAAUACUGGCAAAUUUGAUAGGGAUGCAACAGCAAUUAAUCCUUAACAAGAACAAGACAUGUGAGAAUUUACCAUAGUGGUUUCUUAGUGUUGUUGCUUGGACAACAUGUUGUAUCCUGUGAGGUUAGGCGAAGCCUAAUAACCCUAUUGUGGCACUUGACAGAGACAUUGUUGAUUGAUGUGGCAGGAGUGCAAUAUCAAGAAGCAAAGGUGUAUGGAAGGACUGAUGAAGCACAUUUGAUUUAUAUUUCACAUCUAGGUAUCAGGUAGUUGGAGAUGUGUAUGCUCCAAGUCCCAGCACUAUUUGUACUGCUCCAGUAGUUGAUUCAUGGGUUCAGGUCAACUGACAGAUUGCACUUGUCAGCUUCGUUUGGUUCAUGAAAGAUUGGACCAUAAUAAGGAUAGAUGCCAAUUUCCAGAGGGAGGCAACAUUACUUGAACCCCUUACAAUAAUCAGAAAAAGAAAAGGAAUGUUGUGCGAUCUGCAAUGGAUCCGCGAAAUAUUCAACAGCCUAGAACCUGAGCAGUUUACAACUGUUGUUUUCCUUUGUGUUAUUGGGCUGGAAGAAAAGGAUUACUGUGAGGUCCAACAAAGCCUAUUAUGUAACUUUACAGACACUGUUGAUUGUUGUUGCGCGGGUGCAAAAUCCAUAGGCAAAUUGCGGGCGAGGAUUUCUUGCUAAAGUGCCUUUGUUUUAUAAAGUUUUGCAUCUCGGUA